AGCCAGGGCCCCCAGGCUCAAACUGGGCAUAAGGCCGUUUCACUUCACCAGAGCCAUAGGAAGAGCCGCAGAGCAGUGGCAGAAGCCUUAAGGCCAUGGCUUUGCUGAAGCUUAAAACUGAGCUGGAGAAUGCUUUAGGCGAGCUCCGCCUCGAGCCCGAGGAAACCAUGGAAAGCACAGAAGCCCAGUCGUCUAGCGCGCCCAGCGGGUCAAGCAGACCCGAUGAGCCUACAGGCGGCAAGGGAGCAAUGUGGAACACCCGAAUGCCUUCGGUCGGAUAUUGCAGCACUGCUGCAACGACGCCAUCAGCUAGUGCAGCUGCAUCCGUUGUGCCAUCCACACCUCAAGAAGGCAGAAGUGGCGAGUUGACACCCCGGAAUGCCCAGGAGCGCUCAGCUGAGCUCCUGAGCGCACCUACGCAGCACGGUCUGCUUCCGGGAGGCGUUGGUCAUUUUCGACUCGGUACAAGCUGCCUGCAAUCCACGAAGGGGCCCCUGAGAGCCUUGCCUAUGCAGCAAAGGAUCCAAGAGGCCGAGGUGGGACGUACACGUGCAUGCGCUGCAGCGCUGCCCGGCCAAGCUUUCUCAGGCUGCUGAGGCCAAGUUGAAGGCUGACUUGGAUGGUCUUGGAGCGCUCAGAGAGUCUGGCAAGGACCAGGCGGAAAGCGUUCUGGACGCUUUGUCCUUGGCAACAGCUUCGCUGCAAGCAAGAGGUAUACCAGGUGCUUCAUCCAGCUCGUCUUGACCGGUUUUCUGGCCCUACGAUUGAGGUAUGAACCUUUGGACAAUGAGGGCCCUGUCCCGUUGACCAGUGACCAGUGCCAAUGCUGCAUGGGUAUCUUUAGCACGCCACAUUCUCUUGGCGCAUCUUGGCCUAGUGCUGUCAAGCCGAUUGUUCGUUCUGGCUGGCAGCUUGUAACGAGGAGAGAAGUCAGUUUGCAAAUGCGCUGUAGCCUUGAAAAGCGCGGCAAGUGUGCAAGUUGGCUGAGCAGGGACAUUUUUUGCCUGCCCAGCAGCAAAGCCUGUACGCAGCAGGCAUCGCCAGUCCAUUCAUACAAGUGUCGGCACUGUGCCUGAUAGUGGUUCUUCCUUUGAAAUUGAACUGAUUGGAUGUCGAGUGCAGAGUUUCAACCGCUUAAUUCAAGAGCAUGC